AUGACCUCUGACCCCUUCCAUUCAGUUGGAUUUCACAGCAGAGCAGCGACGGACGAGACGGACGAGCCGGGAGGGACAGCGCUGGUCGCUCUGGACGACCCGGAACAACCACCCGUCGCUCUGUUCACCCCCCAGACUGUUCACCCCCCAGACUGUUCACCCCCCAGACUGUUCACCCUCCAGACUGUUCACCCUCCAGACUGUUCACCCCCCAGACUGUUCACCCUCCAGACUGUUCACCCUCCAGACUGUUCACCCCCCAGACUGUUCACUCUCCAGACUGUUCACCCUCCAGACUGUUCACCCCCCAGACUGUUCACUCUCCAGACUGUUCACCCUCCAGACUGUUCACCCCCCAGACUGUUCACCCCCCAGACUGUUCACCCCCCAGACUGUUCACCCUCCAGACUGUUCACCCUCCAGACUGUUCACUCUCCAGACUGUUCACUCUCCAGACUGUUCACCCUCCAGACUGUUCACCCUCCAGACUGUUCACCCUCCAGACUGUUCACUCUCCAGACUGUUCACCCUCCAGACUGUUCACUCUCCAGACUGUUCACUCUCCAGACUGUUCACCCUCCAGACUGUUCACUCUCCAGACUGUUCACUCUCCAGACUGUUCACUCUCCAGACUGUUCACUCUCCAGACUGUUCACUCUCCAGACUGUUCACCCUCCAGACUGUUCACCCUCCAGACUGUUCACCCUCCAGACUGUUCACUCUCCAGACUGUUCACUCUCCAGACUGUUCACCCUCCAGACUGUUCACUCUCCAGACUGUUCACUCUCCAGACUGUUCACCCUCCAGACUGUUCACUCUCCAGACUGUUCACUCUCCAGACUGUUCACCCUCCAGACUGUUCACCCUCCAGACUGUUCACCCUCCAGACUGUUCACUCUCCAGACUGUUCACCCUCCAGACUGUUCACUCUCCAGACUGUUCACUCUCCAGACUGUUCACUCCAGACUCUUCCCCCUCCAGACUCCAGACUCUUCCCCCUCCAGACUCCAGGCUCUUCCCCCUCCAGGCUCUUCCCCCUCCAGGCUCUUCCCCCUCCAGGCUCUUCCCCCUCCAGACUCCAGACUCUUCCCCCUCCAGGCUCUUCCCCCUCCAGACUCUUCCCCCUCCAGACUCUUCCCCCUCCAGAUUCCAGGCUCUUCCCCCUCCAGGCUCUUCCCCCUCCAGGCUCUUCCCCCUCCAGAGGACCGUCUCUUCUGGUUCUGGUCUGUUAUCCUGUACAGAGGACGGUUCCAGCCGGGACCGGUUCCUGCAUGCCAGAGCCAAGUCCUGGAAACUUGAGCCAUAUUCACUGAAGCGCUGCUUCCUGGUUCCGCCUGCGCGCCGGCAGGCAGCAACUCUUGUUAUGCAAAGAAUAAAGUAUUUUAAGAAUGA